AUGUUACAGAUGGAGGGAAUUCAGCUGCGUCGCGACGCCGACUCCAUCCGAAGACGACCGUCGUUGCUGUCCGAUUUUCCCUCAUCAAGAGACGCGGUCUUUCCUCAUUUUUCAGAUGACCGAAAUUUUGGUGGUCCUGCUUGCGCCCAUUUCAAAUACGAGACCGGGGCGAAUCAUGGUGUUAAAAAUAAGAAUGUCGCUUACGCACCACGGGUAGAAAAUGUUUCUCCAACUCCGGACGAUCCGUACUGGCCAAAAACGACGGAACGGGAUACGAUAUUGGAAAAAAUUAAAAUUGUCGACCAUGACAUUCUUGUCAUCGAAGCUCAGCUGAAUAAGUUGCAGAAGAAGCGGAAAGAUUUGGAGGCCUCUUCUGAGGUAAAGAGUCCUGAGGAAGAUCAGAUCGCUGAGCCGAGCAGAGAGCUCAGUCUGUUCGAAAAAGUGUACGCUGAAAACCGCGUCAAAGCUUCUCGUUUCUACGACCGCAUCUUGAAUCUUGGGCCAGAGUUUGCAGUGCCGCAGUAUGUACGACCAUCGGACGAAAGGCGGCUCCAAGACGUAGAAAAGAAGCAUUCUGUUUUCCGUCCGUUGCUCAUUGCCCACCUGAAACGACGACAUCGGUACCUGACCAUCCGAGAAAAAUACCUGACGGAAAAGUACAACCAGCAACGGCAAACAUGGCUGAAAAAGAUAGAGCGAUUAGAGAAAAAUCCAAAAAAAGUUGCGAGAGAUGCAAAGUACCGUGAAGUCUUCGAAAAGACUUUUCCGGAACUGCGAACAACGCGCGAAUCCGUCGAGCGACGUCUCAGGCUUGAAUCGCACCUAUCGUCAACGUCUCAGCCGGAAGUGGAUGUCGAUACAGAGAAGGUACAAUCAAUCGAUUUAUUUCGAAGAUUGAAAUUGCAUAUGUAUUUUUGUUAGUC